AUGUCCCUUCGUCUCCAGCGUAAUUUCGUCAAGAGGGGAAAAGCGCACCUCAGAAAUGAUGAUUUUCGGUCAAUUCCAGAAGAAUAUCCUUUUCUGAUUUCAGCCUCACCGCCGGCAUCAUCAUUUGAAAAUACUCAACAGCCGAACAGCGAGCCACAUCUGACACUAGCUGUUAUCCAGCGGCUUAAACCCCAACUAUCGGAGUUACAAAAGAAGAGAAAGAAUCGUCAAAAAACUUUGAAACAACGCGCUCGAAAAUUUGCAACAGAAAUUACCCGACGGAAUAUCUACAAAUUGUGGUCGACGAAAAAAUUCAUUGAAGUGUUAGAUAGAAAAGGAAUUCCGCAAUCAAGAGUCCUCACACGAGUGUCACCAACAACUGGCACACAUCACGUAUUUAUUGGUCUUCAGAAACCGUACGAUUUCCAGCGCUGGGAUAAAUUAACAAGUAAUUGGUUUACCGAGGCACAUUAUAAUCCUGGUGUGUGA